AUGUCUAAGUUAUUAAACAAUUUACAGAAAGAAUACGAUAAAUUAUAUUAUUCAAAGGAUAUACCAGAUGCUUCCAAUUUACAAAAAUGUUUAAAGGAGACUCACGAAUUCAAAAAUCAACUGAAAAAAUUACAAGCACACUUAAAUAAAAAUAUUCAAGAUCAAGAACAAGAACAAUGUGGAUUGUCUGAUACAAGUUCAAGUCCAGCUUGUAUUAAGGGUAAUGCUAUAGAUCAUGAUAAAAUUAUUAAGAAAAGGACUUUGAUUCAAGAGAAAUUAAAUAAAACUAUCAAGACAUGGAAUCAUUCCAUCAGAAAACAGUCGAAAUUAACACAACAACAAUACAACAAAUUCAAUAAAAAUGGUUUGAGUCAAAUGACAAAUUUUAAUCUUGAUGAUAUAUAUAAACAUAAGAUAUCUAGAGAUAAUAUUAGGUUUGUUGAUGAAGCUAUAGGAUUUCAUAUAGCUAGAUAUAAUAUUGAAAAUUUGCCAAUACAAUAUGAUGGCGAUGAAAAAGGAGAAAAUAUUAUUCAUUACUUAAAGAAUGUCUAUGGAAUUGAGACUAACAUCACUUUAAUAUUUCUACAGAUGGGUCAGAUUGUUUAUGAUUUAAAACAUAAUAAAUAUGACAGUUGCAUGAAAUGGAUCAAUACAAUUGAAAUGUCAGAAGAUACAACAAAUAACAUCGUAGAUUAUCAUUUAAAAUUUGAAUUAUAUAUCUUGAUUGGCAUAGAUAUGAUCAAAAAUGGUUUUCCAUCUAUUGAUAUUUGUAAAUAUUUUUUUGAUAAUAUUCCAAAGGAAAUUAUAGUAUCAGAAGGAAUAAUUAAAUCAUAUUACUUUCAAACUAUAACAGAAAUUGUCUUUAGAUUGAUUAUGCAAAAAGAAUUGACUGGGAUUGAUAGCAUUAUUGAAGAAAGAUUAAGAUCAUGUGUUGAUAUAUUUAUCAAGGAAUAUUGUUUACACAAUAAACUCUCUUUCGAUUCGCCAUUAUUUUUAGUAGUGUUAAGCGGUGUCAUAUCGUUUCAAUAUUUUAUUAAAUAUAAUCAAAUCAAAAUUCUGUCGCAUGUCGGUUGGACUACAGAAGAUGAACUGCCAUUUGAUGUAGAAUUACCGGACUUCUUAUCACAUUUUCAUCCAAUUUUCAUCUGUCCUGUUUUGAAAGAAGAAACCACAAAAGAUAAUUAUCCUUAUUCACUUGCCUGUCACCACGUUAUAUCUAAGAAAGCAUUAGAUAAGCUGUCUAAAAAUGGUAGCUUAUCUUUCAAAUGUCCAUAUUGUCCAAUUCAUACAACAGUUAUCAAAACCCAAAAAGUAAAAUUUGUAAAGAUUUGA